AAUUAACUUUGGACAGGAUUUUACUCUCACUUUUACAUGUCAGCUAUCAGAUAUGAAAUGAGGAGCAUGUUGAGGUGGCUGCCAGUUAGUCAGACCAUCAGGAGAAACUACAACUCUUCAUUUAACACUAGUAAAUUAAUACUUGGUGCGUUUUCAAUCAAAUUCUCUGUAAUCUAUAAUGAAACCCAGCAUCAACCAUAAUACAGUUAAUAUUGAAGUUCAAUGUAGAAGCAAUGUUAAUGAGGGAUUAAAAGGAGGAGGUGGCUAACAAGCAGUUGGAAAGUUACUAAAAGGGAUUAAUUAUAGGGUUGGUGGGUUGAUCCCUGGCUCCUGUUCACACAGACACUGAACCACAGAUAGUUCAGGCUAGUACCUUGCAUGACAGCUCACUGCCAUCAGCAUGUGCGCAUGUGUGAAUGAAGUGACUUGGGUACUGGCGCUAUAUAAAAUGCAGCCUGUCCAUAUUCUUUGAAAUCAGACAAGGGGUCUUGAGAGUUAAGUCCGUCUGGGUUGAGCUUGGGAAGAUAUUCAUGCUACCAAAUGGUUUUGCCCAAAUAUGUUUUGGAGGAAAUUGUUCACUGGCGAUGUUUUCCAAGCCAGGAGAAAUUUUAUGACCAGCUUUCUCAGGCCACAGCAACUAAAGGAGGUCAAAAAAAAAGAAAGAAAAACAACUCAACCAAACAUGGUGCCAGGAGCUGGGCCAUCUAGGGAGAGAGGGAGAACACUGAGGAAGCCUGGCUUUUAUGUUCUUCCUCACGGGAGCGUACAGUCACCGAUCAUGGGCAGGCAGAGCCCCGCAGCACACAGGAAGACAGGCAAGCAAGAGGCAAAAGAGAAACAGAGAGCCAAGCAGACCAGGAAGAACAGAAACCUGACAAACGCAGCACGGCGGCUGACGCUCACGACAGAGACGCCACACCUCAGAAAAGACGGCGACGUGAUACCAACGCAGACCAUCCUGCAAAAAAGAUGUGGAAAUCUCUGCUUGAAGUACUUAUGUUGGGAAACUCUAUGGAAAGAAGACUGCACCCCCAGCUGCACAGCAUUAUGGGAAUUCUUGGCCACAAUGGGCCCUGCACACUGUUAUUGAUCUAGAGUGGACACAAUCUCAAAUGGAGCUGCAGCUGAUGUGACACCCUGCAUUUCCUGACAAAGACGUGGACACCGAAUGAACAAACUCUGUGCAGAAUAGCAACAACCAACAACCAGUUUCAUGUGCACCAAACCACAGAGUACUUAUUGCCCAUGCUCCCGUCCUGGAUGCAUAACUAACUGCAGCUUUUUGAAAAGGCACAGCACAGUCCUCCAAAGAGAAAUUGAAGAAGCCACUUUAUUUUUCCUGCUGUGAUUGUUAUUUUGUCAACAACAAGGAAAGACCUUCAUUCAUCUCUCAUGCAGUUUGUGGUUGACAAAUACUGUCUUAAAGCCUCAUAGCCAAAACACAACAGACGUGAAAAUGGACAAAGCACAAGACAGAUUCACUCAAGCCAGCGCAAACUGAAGAAAACACUUUUUUAAAAAUAUGUCACAAAAGGGUUUAUAUGUCUUAACUUUAUUAAAAUCAGAGUACUUGUGUUUUACUGAAUAUUAUUUAUCUGCAUUAUUGACUCAGUCAUUUCAUCAUUGCUCUUUUCAUUUGCAUGAAUACAAGCUUUAAUUGUGCAGUCCUCUUCCUGAAACACCGCAUGGUUAUGGUCAAGACUGUCCAAAAGAAAAUUCAUUUUCAAUGUUUUGAAUGAUUAUGUUUGUAGUGAAGCGCCUGCUGGUACACAUUGAAAUAUAGAUACACACAGCAUGGCAAAUAGCAUCACAUGCACACCAAGAAAAUAAAACACAAAGAUUUAUGAUCUGACAGCGCUGACGAUGGUAUAACAGACAGGAUGGGAGGCCUUCUCUUUCUAUUCACCUAUCACAAAGCCACACACAGGCAUCAACUCGAGGCAGUAUUGUAAGUGAAAUCAUCCAACUGUCCCUGAAAAAGAAUAGCGCUGGAAAACCUGAUUCUCCUUAUUAGUCUCUCUACUGUUCAAUCGAUGAAUAGACACUACAUUUGAAAAUGGAGCAAAGAGUUUAGACGUUAUUAGUCGGUCAAUGUGAAAUAUUUGUCACUUUUUCUGAUUGGAUUCCGACCUCAAAAAAUGACUCUGCUUGAUUUUCCUGCUACUGUAUUCCCUGCGUUUGAAAGAUACAAAGCGCUCGUCUCUGUGAGUCCAUGUGUUUCUGUGCUGGAUGCAAAGAGGCAGAGAGAGAGGAGAUUGUCACAGUGUGCGCAAAACAGAUCAUACAAGCCACUUAACAGCACUAUAACAAACUGGUACAAGGGAGCGAGAGGAAAAUCCAGCCAUGCCAGCACGCCAAUAGAGUUUAACAGCUCGCUGAGAGGCGGGCAGCACCUGACAGAUGCCACUUUAGGGCCAUAAUCCCACAGGGCUGAAAAGAUCCUCCACAUGACGGGAAGCCAGUGAUUCAGGAGGAGACCGGAACACCCAACAGCAUAUUUCAAUGUUAAAUUAAAUAUCUAUCAAAGCAUCUUUUAAAUGACAAUGUAAAAUGUGAAUCUGCAAAGAUUAGUCGACAGACAAGAAAAUAAUCCAUAACUAUUUUGAUUCUCAAUUAAGCCUUUGGCAUUUCUUUGCUUGAGAAAUUUUUCAAAGAUUCGCAGCUUUCAGAUACUUACAUGCUUGGAUUUCUGCAGUUCUUUGUCUUGUAUGAUCGCAAACUGAAGGUCUUAACAUUUUUGGACUGUCAGAUGGAUAAAAGUGAUUUUAGUAUGUCACUUUUUCAGUUUUCAAUCACAGUUUACUGAAAAAACAAAAGCAAGAAAAUUAUCUGCAGAUUAAUCAAUGAAGAUUAGUUGCAGCCAUGGUAAUAUAUCAUUUAUGUGUAUUAUUGUUUUUAAGAGUGGUAGCAGAUUUAUAGGCCUAUUUGACAAUUUUAUAACACAAACCCAGAUAGAAUAAAAUAAAUAUUAUAUUUGGGUUAUUGUUUAUUUAAAAACAGCUGCUUCUCCUUUGCCUUUCGUGACAGACUCACAUAAAAUUACAUCUUUCAGGUGAAUUGUCCUUGAUCCUUAUAAUAAAAACAGGAGCAUGCAAGCAGCACCGGGCCUAUUGCAGCAGGCCUGCAGCGGGUUACAGUGGCCGCCUUAUACUUCAUUAGUUUAUUAAAAUAUGCUCAUUAAAAACCUAUAAUAUUUCUAACAUGUACUGUAGCAUUACUGUAAUAGUUUUUGUGUGGGGGUUAAAUCUCUCCCUCUUUCUCUCUCGCUCGCCACACAGUGCUGGUGAAACAAACAAAAGGGGCGCUUUGAAUGGCACGUGCUCCAGGCGUCAGUCACCUGUUUCCUAGCAACGGGCACAACAAAAAAGCACCUGUGGCUCUGAAUAGAAGGCAGUGUGUUGCUUAGUUUGACCAAAAACCAGGGACAAAUUGAAAUAUAUAGCCUUUUUUAUGAGCUACACAGGUCAUAAUGUAUAAAAGAGUAAUAAUACGUGAAUAAUUCUCAAAAUUAUAUAGAAUAUGACAUCUUAAUGUGGUUUAUGUGGCUCAUGUUUAUAAGAUUAACAGGCUGCUUCAUUGUUUUAAGUUGUGAAGCUCCUACAUCAGAUAUAAAAGUACAAUUCAUUGUGAAUAUAGGCAGUAGCCUAUUUUAAAAUUUCAAAUACAGUUUGCCCAGAUCGGUUCGUGUUGAUGGUGAUGAUAAUAAUUUAAGCUAUUUGGAUAUUUUAAAUAGCUGCUCAUUUUGAAUUCCAGCCCAAUUUUCUUUGCUGUGACACAGACUACAUGUAUCUGUUUCUGAAAAUAACUCAUUUCGUUUUAUUAACCUUUUAUUUACUGUAAUGUGCUGUAAAUAUGUUUUUUCUAUUAAUUCUAAAUAUGGAAAUAUUAUAGAGCCCAGACUCUGCUGUCUGGAGGAGAAGGCAUGCGCGAAAUGAUGGGAAUUAAACCGUUUACAUGUUGUGUGUUUUUUAGCUACACACACAAACAGAUGACAGAGGGAGUAAUUUUUAGGUCUCGCGCUCCGACGUCACCAGAACCUCGAGCCCCUGCAUGCAAAUCACGUCUGCGCUCGAGCCUCUCCAUUGGCCGUCUCUCUCUCAUUUAGCUGCUGUCAAAGCGCGCGGCCCGGGCACGCUCCGGUAACUUUUCCCAGUUCAGCUUCAACCAAAGUAAAGCUCAAACAACCGGCUUCUAUUCUUCUCAGCGCAGGCGGAUGACAGGAAAAAGGGCGAAAAGGGGAAGUGCGGAGCAAGUUUACAUCUGACUGGAUUUCACCUUGAGACUACUGCACCUUUUCAUCUCUCGCUCUGUCUGUCACUCCUUAUCUCCCUCUUCCUCGGAGGUUUAGCUGCGCGCGGGCCAGCCUGAAUGUUUCUGUGUGUUUGACUGAGAAGUUUUGUCCUACCAAGACGAGGUGAAUGUACAGCAUCAUGAUGGAAACGGACUUACAUUCCCCCGUGGUGCCCCAGACCAACCCAUCCAACCCGGGGGGACACGCCGGAGGAGGCGGGGGGGCCGGGGGUAAAGUCCCCCAGGAGAGAAUCAAGAGACCCAUGAACGCCUUCAUGGUCUGGUCCCGGGGCCAGCGGAGGAAAAUGGCACAGGAAAACCCCAAGAUGCACAACUCGGAGAUCAGCAAGCGGCUGGGGGCGGAGUGGAAGGUGAUGACCGAGGCGGAGAAGAGACCGUUCAUCGACGAGGCGAAACGGCUCCGGGCCAUGCACAUGAAGGAACACCCGGACUACAAGUACCGGCCGCGGAGGAAGACCAAGACGCUGCUGAAGAAGGACAAGUACUCGCUGGCCGGCGGGCUCCUCGGCUCCUCUGCGGGCGUAGGGAUGGGCGGCGGGCAGCGGCUGGAGAGUCCCGGAGGGGGCCACCCAGGGGCGAAUGCGGGCUACGCUUCGCACGUGAACGGCUGGGCAAAUGGCACGUACUCUGGCCAGGUGGCGGCUGCAGCGGCGGCGGCUCACGCGAUGAUGCAGGAGGCGCAGCUGGCGUACACGCAACACCCGGGCACCGGAGCUCACCCGCACCACCCGCAUCCGCACCAUCAUCCGCACCACCAUCCGCACAACCCGCAGCCUGUGCACAGGUACGACAUGAGCGCCUUAUCUUACAGCCCCAUCUCAAACUCUCAGAGCUACAUGAGCGCCUCUCCGCCGGGCUACGGCGGGAUCACCGGCUACACUCACCAGCACCAGAGUUCCGGUGUCUCCCCGGUGUCCGGGGCGAUCGGAGGGACUUUGGGGUCCCUUGUGAAAUCUGAGCCCAGCGUGAGCCCCCCGGUUUCCACGGCGCGCGCACCGCCGCCGUGCCCUACGGGGGACCUGCGGGAUAUGAUCAGCAUGUAUCUGCCGACCGGCGAGGCGGCUGGAGACUCCUCCGUUCAGAGCAGACUGCACGUGCUCCACCCGCAGCACUACCAGAGCAGCGGCUCCACUCCGGUAAACGGGACGGUUCCUCUGACUCAUAUUUAAAUUCUCUAAAUGUACUAUAAGCACUACAAACCACAACCAAAUAUUUAAACUCUAGAUGUGGGCGCAGGCUGCUGAUGAAUUGUAAAUUAUAGGCGGUUAUAGCCAUAAAAAUGCAAUCACUUUGAACAAACUUUUUUAUUGUUAUUAUUUUUAUUUUCUUUCAGUGAUGGAUUUUUGUCUGUCCGAGCUAAAGGAAAGCGCAUCUGAUUUACUUCUGCUCUCUGGAACAGAGCAUGCCAAGUUUUGACACGAUUUAAAUUAUAAUCCGUGAAGGCUGGUGCAUUUUGAAGGUUAUUUUUUUCCGAUUUUUUCUGUGGAAUUAAAGGCACCAGCUGUGUGUUUGAGGGAUCCUGAAAACCUGUUCAAAGAGGGAACCGUAUAAUAAAUGGAGGGCGGUGUGGAAGAUGUGUUUAAAAAAAAGUUUCUUGGCUGCAAUUUAAAUUGAUUUCCAGUUUUAAUGCUUGUAAACAUGUGAGUCAGUCGGUGUAAUUUGAAUUUGUUUUUGUUGUUGUAAAAUCUUGUAAAUUGUGAAUAAAUAGGCCUACUGAAAACGCUUUUAUGCAAUUGUACAUAAUUUACAGAAUAACACGCGCCCAUAUUCGGGUUGAAAACAAAACAAUUUUGCGCCGAGUUUAAUACAUUUUCCACUAGUUUUAUCUUGGAGAAAAGUGUUAGAUUUGUUUGUGGGAUAUUUAUUUUUUGCAGUUGAUUCAGGCAAACUCCUGUAUCUGCUGCUCGUUUACAUUUAUUCCAUAUCUGAAAUAUAUUUAAAAUAUUGUCAAACCCAUUCUGUCGUUCCGGGUUUAAUUAAAAUUUAGUAAAAAAUGCAAAUGACAACAAAAAAGAAUAAUUAAAACAUUACAGAGACAUGUUCUUUCAUCUCACUGAUGCCCUUGAAAAGAGGAUAAUAUUUAUAAUUCGGGCUGUUAAUUGAUUUUUUUCUCUUAGGAUUGAAAAUGAUGGAAACAUGAUCAUAUUUUGCUUUUCAUUCUGAUCGAUCUAAAAAAACAUUUAAACCUUUUAACUAGCCAUCUUUUCAGCUGGUAUUAAGCUUGAUAAUAUAAAUUUCAUCAGUAGAAAUUCGUGUUGGACAUUACAAUGGGUCAUGUGCCAUAUUGAGGUGAUGGGGGUAUUUGAGAAGGAUAUUUUAAUGCGAAAAUUAAUAGGCUAUGAUGGUCUAUUUUUCUCCUGAAAUCACAACAUUUUUUUCUUGCGGUUUACAUUCAAGUUUUCCUGCCCUGGGAAAUUUCUGGUCUCUAACUGCAUCAUGAUGGUUAAUACAGUCUGACAUCCUGUAAGUGAAAGGUUGCAGCAAACUCUUGUUGAGGAUUUUCUUUACAGGGAAAGACUGUACAAAAUAUGAGCCUAAUAUGUCCUCAUUUCCCAUCUGUCUACAUUUCUAUUUUGAAAUAGGGCCACUUUCUCUAUAACUCUCCCGCUUUAUUGUCAGUGUUAAAUACUACUAAUUUAUUUUCAUUAUUCCUUUCUCUUGAAAUAUGUUGUGUUAAUGUUGAUUUCUUAUUUACUCUUUCUUUUUCUUUCUUGCAAGUUGUAAAAAUGCAUGCAGGAUAUUUUCAAAGGCUAAAUGCUUUUCCCAUGAGCUUAGUCUUACUGUUUACAUUAUGAUGGAAUCACCUGCAGCUAGAAAUAUGUUCUCUCCCUGAUGAUGAUUCUGUCAUCUUAUCACAGUUUAUAGUUUUGCUUCCCUCGAAUUCUGACACAAUUAUUACUUUUUUGGUGAAAGUGAACAUGCAUCAUUUCAGCUGUAGUGUCUAACCCUGAGUAUCUGUUGGUUUAAUAUUGCAGUCACAGGCCAAGCAAAGCAAAGUUUCUCUUUUUUUGUGGUCCUGCAAGGUCAUGACCUAACUAAUCUAGAUCUCAUGCAAAAGUAAAUCCGACAACAAGAGUAUCCGGUGGUCAAUGAACUACUAAUUCUGCAACUGGCCUCAAUUGGGCCCACUUCAACCCCGCCUCCACCUGGGUCCCUCCAACACAGCUCCUCAAACCUUACCCCACUCCUGACCCUCAACAUCAAAUGACUGCAUCUGUGUGUGUAAUUCUCCAGGUGGUUAAAUUAUUUUCCUUCUUUAAAUUUAAUGGCUGAAUCACUGGAGGCCCCGGGGUAGGGAGGGAGGAAUGAAAGAGCAGAGAGGAGGAGGAGGAGGAGGAGGAGGAGGAGGAGGGAGAAGGCGAAGAGAGGAGGUUUUUGUGUUGGAGGAGAAUGGGGAUUAGUCCUGGUGUAAGCUGGGGCAGCCCGGGGGUCACCCCUGACAAAAAGCCUGGCAAACAACACCCCUGGUUUUAUCAGGCUAAUUCCCACUCGGGUCUGGACUUUAAAACAAGAGGCCAACGUGGAUGAAAAUCACAUAAAAUGAAGCUGUUUCCAGGGACGUCAGGGGUUUAAACUGAAGGUAUUUAUUACACACAACCUUAUCCUGAUUGCUUUCUUAUGUAUUUUUUAAAGUAAAAUUUUAUGUCAGUUUGCUUUAAAUUUCUUUCUGUCUUUGCUCUUUGGUAAAAACUGUUGAAAUUUGGAUUCAUAUGUGAAGGGUUGAUCUAUCUUUUUAUGACUUACAAUAUUUAAAGGCCUAAUGAAAAACCCAACAAACCUGUAUAAAUAUGAGGAGGAGGUCAUUUUAAAAGGAAUAAUGCAGAAAUGUUUUUCCAAUAUAUGGUGGAUGGUAAGAAAAGAAAUAUUUACAGUGACCACCUUUUUAACUACGCCUGCAUUUUACUACUGCAUGACUGAUGACAAUAAAUGUGAAUCC